GACAGGCGUGUUCUCAGGACCACGGUAUGGAUUUGUCUCACUUCUGCGAGGCUUUCCCCUGGUAAACCAAUUGCAAUGAUCCUGGCUCAGCCCUCUGCCAUCUAAUGUGUGUGCCAAAGCUCACAGCCCCGCAAUAGGCACACGCUGACCGCCCCGCAGCGCAGCCCCAGCCGCAGCCAACACUGGACCCACUCUGCUGCGCCGUUCAUGGCAAAGCCCCAUCACUUAACGGGAGAGAAUGGCUUCCACUUCUCCCAGCCCCUCGUCUUCCCCAGCCCAUCCCCUGUGGGUGAGGACAGCCCAGCCUUCGAUUCGGCAAGCGGCACGCCACUGAGCAAUGGCACUCCCAGCGGCACCGAGUCCUGCGGGCUGCCCCUCUGCGAGGCCAAAGGCAUUAAAUACAUCUCAGCCGAGCAGGAGGAGCUGGCGUGCGGCUGGGGAGGGUUCACCCCUGGCUGCUUGCAGCUCUUCAACACCUCCAAGGGCGUUUUGUUCUUCCUCUGCGUGGCUUCCUUCCUGCAAGGCAUGACGGUGAACGGUUUCAUCAACACGGUCAUCACCUCCAUUGAGCGCCGCUUUGACCUGCGCAGCUACCAGAGCGGGCUGAUCGCCAGCUCCUACGACAUCGCCGCCUGCCUUUGCCUCACCUUCGUCAGCUAUUUCGGAGGGAAUGGCCACAAGCCACGUUGGCUGGGCUGGGGCGUGCUGGUGAUGGGCCUGGGCUCCCUGCUCUUCGCUUUGCCCCACUUCACCACGGGCCGCUAUGAGGUGCGCUCCUCGGCUGAGGUGGGCAUCUGUGCUGCCAACCAGAGCCUGCCCUGCGCAGCGGCUGCGUCCGGGCUCUCCAGCUACAGGUUUGUCUUCAUGCUGGGGCAGUUCCUGCAUGGGAUGGGAGCCACGCCGCUCUACACGCUUGGCGUCACCUAUUUAGAUGAAAACGUCAAGACUAACUACUCCCCUGUGUACAUUGCUGUUUUCUACACUGCUGCAAUCCUUGGUCCUGCAGCGGGUUAUCUGGUAGGAGGAAUGUUUCUAAAUAUUUAUACUGAAAUUGGCAGAGAGACUGACAUCUCCCCAGAGAACACGCUGUGGGUGGGGGCAUGGUGGAUCGGCUUCCUGGGGGCUGGAGCAGCCUCACUCCUCAUCUCCAUCCCCAUCCUGGGCUACCCCCAGCGCCUCCCAGGGUCCCAGAGGUAUAUUGUUAUGAGGGUGUCGGAGGCUCAUCAGCUGAAGGAUGGGAGCCACAAAAAAGCAUCAGAUCCAGACUUUGGGAAAACAGUUAAAGACCUACCUCGAUCAGUAUUGCUGCUCCUGAAGAAUCCCACCUUCGUCUUCCUCUGCUUAGCAGGAGCGACAGAAGCCACUCUCAUUGCUGGGAUGUCCACAUUUGGACCCAAGUUCUUGGAGUCUCAGUUUAGUUUAAGUGCCUCUGAAGCUGCUACCCUUUUUGGCUAUCUGGUUGUGCCGGCUGGAGGUGGAGGCACAUUCCUAGGAGGAUUCCUUGUGAAUAAAUUUAAACUCCGCUGCUCAGGAAUCAUCAAAUUGUGUUUACUUUGCACAGUGUCAAGUCUGCUAGCUAUUUUCAUUUUUUUCAUUCACUGCCCUAACAUGCCAAUGGCAGGAGUAACCCAGAUGUACAACGGAAGCACUUUGCCUGGUGGCCAGCUGAACCUGACAGCAGUGUGCAACGCAGAGUGCGGAUGCCUGCAGGAGACCUACAGCCCUGUCUGCGGAAGUGAUGAUGUUAUGUAUUACUCUCCUUGUCAUGCUGGAUGCAGAAAAGUGUCUGAAAACCUCCGGAAUGGCAAGAAGGUCUACCGUGAGUGUAGCUGCAUUGAGAAAACUCUCCUGCUUGGCCCCGGUGAGGCAGAAGCAGGGAAAUGCACUUCCCCUUGUGCAAAAAGGACUCUCCUGCUCUUCUUCAUGUUUGUGGUGAUCCUCUUCACCUUCUUGAGCAGCAUUCCUGCCCUGACUGCAACGCUACGGUGCGUCUCCGACAGGCAAAAGUCAUUUGCACUUGGGAUCCAGUGGAUCGUGGUCCGAACACUAGGAGGUAUCCCUGGUCCCAUUGCCUUUGGGUCAAUGAUCGACAAAUCCUGCCUGCUCUGGCAGGACCAGUGUGGUGAGCAAGGCUCCUGCUAUGUGUACCAGAACUCAGCCAUGAGCCGCUACACCCUGGUCACCGGGCUGGUCUACAAGGUGCUUGGGACAACCUUCUUCACCAUUGCCUGUGUGCUGUACAAACCACCGCCGACAGAAUCAGCCCCCGGCAGCUCAGACACAUCAGAAAAUGGCAAUGGGAACCUCCAGGAAAACAAACCUUCGCUCCCAGCUGAGGAGGAUAUAUGAGGCUGUGCACAUGCCAGUGACUUUCUCAGUCUCAAAAAUACGACAAAAAGACAUUGUGCAGCCCCAAAGUUUCUAAUUAUU